AUGGAUGAUAGUUGCGCCGUUUGCGCAGAGAAUCUCGAAUGGGUUGCUUACGGAUCUUGUAGUCACAGAGAGGUUUGUUCUACUUGCGUCGUUCGUCUCCGUUUCAUAUUCGGCGAUCGUCGUUGUUGUAUCUGCAAAACCGAAUGUCCCGUCGUCUUCGUUACAAAGGCUUUGGGUGAUUCUACGAAGACAAUUACGGAUUUCUCGACUUUACCAACAGUACCAAAGGAAGGUCGAGUAGGGUCUUUAUGGUAUCAUGAAGAAACCAAAGUUUUCUUUGAUGAUUUGAACCAGUACACAAAGAUUAAGGCAAUGUGUAGACUCUCGUGUACUUUGUGUGACAAGACUAAGAAGAGCCAAACAAAGGAAGGAUCUAAGAAUCGUUUGCGGUUUAAGAGUGUUGAACACUUGAAGGAUCAUUUGAAUCAUCAGCAUAGAUUGCAUAUGUGCAGUUUAUGUCUUGUGGGUCGUAAGGUAUUUAUUUGUGAGCAAAAGCUAUUUACUAAAGUACAGUUGAUUCAACAUAUAAGUAGCGGUGACUCAGAAGUGGAUGGUAGUGAGAGUGAAAGAGGAGGUUUCACUGGUCAUCCUAUGUGUGAGUUCUGUAAGAGUCCAUUCUAUGGUGGCAAUGAGCUAUACACUCAUAUGUCUAGAGAGCACUACACUUGUCAUAUUUGCCAAAGACUGAAGCCUGGACAAUAUGAGUACUAUGGAAACUAUGAUGAUUUGGAGAUUCAUUUCCGUAGUGACCAUUUUCUAUGUGAAGACGAGUCUUGCCUUGCUAAGAAGUUUGUAGUUUUCCAAAUUGAAGAUGAGUUGAAGAGGCAUAAUUCUAUUGAUCAUGGAGGUAGAAUGUCUCGGUCUCAGCAAAGCGCAGCGCUACAGGUAUGUAUCUUUUUGAGAAUACAAGCGGGUUUCCAAUACCAGAACAGUCGUCGUAGAAGGGGACUAUUAUCUCCUCGUGAGACUAAUCUUGCCUUUCUGGAAUCUCAAGCAUCUAAUGCCACUAACGACGGUCAUCCUCUUCAUCAACCUAUGAGGAGCUCUGGAGGUUCACGUCUGGGAGAAUCUUCUUUUCCUCCACUCUCUGUGCAAACAAACCGUGGCCAAACAAGAGUUAGACAGAACUCAGAGAGUUUACAUAGUAACACCAUGACUACUCAUCUAAGACAUCAAACAAAUAGAAGUGCAAGUGCUGGUUCUUCUCAAGCCCUGCCAGUGUCAAAUCGAGGCCUGACACAAGCAUCAAUUACUAGCAGUGUACGAUAUUUUGAUGCUUCCGCUUAUUCUCAGUCUAGGCACCAUGCCAGAGUUGAAACGGCUAGACCUCUUGCUUCUGCCGUUCCACAGGAUGCUCGUAAUGAACAUACUGCAGUUGGUGGAUGUUCAUCUGGUUCUUCACUGAAUUCCGGCAAUGCAAAGAGGAAUCAUUACUCAUCUUCAAACCCUAAAGUGUCUGAUACAAGAUCACUGGAGCAGCCUUCUCGUUCUGUUUCUCCUCCAGUUUCUGCUGCGAAAAAUUGCAGGGCAUCAUCCGCCAGUGCAAAGCCGUUGAAUAUCCAAGAACCACAAGGUGUUUCUAAUGUACAGUCUGCCAACAAGAGUUUGGUUGAAAAAAUACGUGCCAGCCUCGGUGACAAUGAAGAGUUAUUCAUGGCCUUCAAGGAUACAUCAGGAAAGUAUCGACAUGGUUCAAUCGAUGCAAGAACUUACUUAGAGCAUGUAAAAGGCUAUGGCUUGUCUCACUUAGUUCUUGAUAUGGCUAGACUCUGCCCUGACCCUAUGAGACAGAAGGAGCUCAUUGAUACCCACAAUGCUUGCUUGAGAAGAGGAAAUGAUACUGUGCAGAGCAGUUCUCAGGCGAAAGAGAGUUGCGGUUUGAAGAAAAACAAAGGGAAAGCGGUGAAAGUUGAAAGUAGCAGUGACUCCACAGGAGUUAAGUUGCAAUUCUCUGACAAAUCUCAGGAUGAAGACAUGGAUGCAUACGUUUCAGACAAAGGCAAGACAAAAGUGACAACAUUGGUGGAUUCUUCAUCUGCUGGUGUGGGAUUAGGCAACACAGGCAAGCAGUGUAAGAAAACUUCAAAGUUUCACAGAGCACGUCUAGGCGAGAAAUCAUCGGCUGCAGUACUAGAUCUUAGGAAGUCUAACCUAGAUCCUGAACCAGAAUCGAAGAACGAUAACUCCAAAAGGACCCGGAACUCUACUACUACCGGUGAAUUGCCACUUCGUGGUGCUUGGCGGAGAGGAACCGCAAUACUCUUCUCCUAG